AUGCAAAAUCUUCAGAAGUAUCUGGCUUCCGAGUUUGAGAUGAAGUCAUUGGGUGAUUUGAAGUACUUUCUUGGGAUUGAAGUUGCCAGAUCUAAACAUGUGAGUGUAGUGAGUCAGUUUAUGCAUUCUCCUAGUGAAGAUCAUAUAGGUGCUGUGAUGCGCAUUUUGAGUGCCGAGGCCGAGUACUGUGGGAUGACUCAAGGUGUGUGCGAGUUACUAUGGUUGAGAAGAUUGUUGAGAGAUCUUGGGUUUGGACCCCAGAAACCCAUAGAUUUGUAUUGUGAUAAUAAAGUUGCAAUUGCAAUUGAGCAUAACCUUGUGCAACAUGAUCGUACAAAGCAUGUGGAGGUUGAUCAACAUUUUGUUAAAGAAAAGUUGGAUGCUAAAAUUAUUUCUUUUCCGUUUAUAUCAUCCGAGUAUCAAUUGGCAAAUGUUCUUAUGAAAGCUGUGUCUACUACAGUCUUUCUCAACUCGCUUGACAAGUUGGGCAUGCGUGACAUCUUUGCUCCAACUUGA